AUGACAGUAAAGGUUUUAUCUUUCUAUGGUGUUCUAACAGAUAUAUCAGGUCCUAUGCAAAUUCAAGAACCGAUACUCAGCGUCGAAGAGUCGCAGGUAGAAGUCAGCAGGCUGGGAGGUCGGCUGAGCGAGGUGGUGGGUCCCGUCGUGGAGGAGGCCAUCGAGCCAGGGGAUGCCACCCCGUUGACGGGACCCUCGAGGGAGUCCUCGAUUCCUCGAGCCCCCCCGCCGCCCCCACAUCGUGUUACCACACUGAGACCACCGAGACCUCCGCCCACUACGUCUCAGCAAACACAGGAUCCGGGUCAUCAGACCCAGGAGUUGGACUCCGACUCUCAAAAUCCAGGCCGUCAGACGCAAAAUCCUGGACAACAGACGCCGAAUCCGGAACAACAGUCGCAAAAUCCUGGUCAGUCGGCCCAGAACCCAACCCACCAUCAGAACCCUGCUCAACCGAAUCAGAAGACAGAACAGCAAAGUCAGAACCCGGGUCACCAGACUUCGAAUCCCCAUCAAGGCCAGAACCCAGGCCACCAGAGUCAAAACCCAGGCCACCACAAGUCAAAACCCAGGUCACCAUAG